AUGCAAGACGAUACGGGCCAUAAUAUGUCGGCUAUCAGGCCCGAGGACCUCGAAAAGGUCCAAGGGCUUUGGAAGUUCCAAGUACAUCGCGUCAAGGCACAGACGUGGGCUUAUCGGGAUAUCAAGUUUCUGCUGUAUGAUGACACCGUCAACGCGGAGGAGGGCGACUCGAAGACGGGCCAGAGCAAUAAGAACACCGCGAUUCUCGAGAGGUCUCCUGAGCUCACGCCGACGAGUUCCUAUCAUGCUUCAUCCGUCGUACCACAAACCCUUGCAGAUGACGACGAGGAUGCCAUGUUCAAGCAAGCAAUCAUCGCGUCUCUGAAGCAACCGGACUCGGAAGCCGGGCCAGCAGCUGUGGCAUCUGAGCAUCCUCCAGAAGACGACAACAUGGACGAUCUAGAUCUUCAAGAAGCCAUUCGCCUGUCCUUGAUGAGUGACGAUGAAUCCAGCGACGAAAUAAUUGCGGCGAAGCCUCUGGACACGAUUGCUGGACUAUCUGCAGCAUGCAAAGAGGCCCCCGAAGACGACAACAUGGAUGAUCCAGAGCUUCAAGAGGCCAUCCGUCUGUCAUUGAUGAGUGACGACGAGUCUGACAACGCACCGAUUGCAGCAGAAUCCGGGCCCUCUGUCGCCAAGGCAGACGACGAUGAAGACGUCUUCGAAUGCAGAAUAUGCUCGAAGCUACCCACGUUCCCCCACGACAGAAAGACGCGGAACUUCCGCCUUUUCAAACCAGCGGACGAUUUUCCGCAUGUCGUCACAGAACGGCCAAGCAGCGUCGACGUAUGUGUCUACUAUGUCGUAGUAUCGUACUGCUGGCCUGAGGAAAUCAAAGACGAGGAUGGAAACACAGUUCCUCCUAUCACCGAGUCAAAGGUCCGAGAUCUCAACGGCAAGCCACGCCCUGCUCGCGCACUCGACGAUGUUCUCGACCGUGCUGUCGACUUUGCUAAUUCCGUCGGCCUUCGCAUGAUUUGGAUCGACCAGGAAUGCCUCCCGCAACCGAAAGAAGAUGGCUCAGAGGAAGACAAGGCAUAUCAGCGGCUCGGGGUACAGGCUCUAGACAUUGUCUACAAUAGGGCUAUCGUUACAGCUGGCCUCCACGAAUCGACGAUCAGCAAGACUGAGAUGAGCGCGGUUCAGUUCUUGAUAGAUCACGAAACCGAAGAGCUGCGUUAUUUGAGCCUCCGUCCACAGUUGUUCCAAUGUGCUUUGGAUUUUUUGCACAUGGUCCAAUCGGACAAAUGGUACACGCGAGCGUGGGUUAUUCAAGAAGCAGUCCGUGCCGGCGACGGCUUGGUUCUUGUGUUCAGACGGGGUCCCGAUGUUGUCUACACAUCCAAGCUCCGCGCCGAUCAGAAGAAAUAUUCGAUUCCGCGACAUCCUCUGGACUCGGAGAGGCGAGCUCUGCAGUCGAAGAUCAUCUGCAUUCCUGUAGACCUCUUUAGGGUCCUUGUCGAAACCUACAAGUCUCUGCUGGAACAACGUUUCCAGGUUAUGGGGCAGGUUCUGAUUCGAACGAGCACCGGCAGGAAUGCCAUCCCGAUUCUCUCCGUCGCUGAGUAUCUUCAUCCAAAGAUCACAGUGCGCCAGCAUGUGGUUGGUAUCCACGUGUACGGAGGCAAAGUCUACGGCGGCCGUCAAAAGGUGAACGCUGCCACGGCCCUGACGCUGCUGAAGAGUCGCCACUGUCGCGAUGCUCAAGACCGUCUGACUAUCCUGGCAAACAUGUGCAGUUAUGAGGUUCGCUUAGACCCUGACAGAGUAGCAAAGGAAUGCGAUUCGCUCCGACUUGGUAUUUUGGCCAUCACGCUGCUGAACGGAGACACGUCCCUCCUGGUGCCUGAGGUCUAUGACUUCCCUGGCGACGAAGACGGAGAGCCAGACCCUUCUAUGGACCGCCGCGUAGGGAGCCUUCUCUCACCAUUUGACACGGACUCCAAAGGGAUCAGUAGCUACGCAGUACAAGACGGCAAGCUCGUCAACCCGGCCGUAUACAAACAUAGUUUUGGGAAAAUCUUCCACCAUGGUGUCAUUGCUGCCCACUCGAGCGUUUGGGAAGGCCUGGAUGCGAGGGGGAUUCAGGUCAAAGUAUACCUUGACGCCUACCGUGUAGAAGCGGAGCCCGAGAUGCAGAAGAUCGUGGCGGAGAUCUUCUUCGCCAUCUUGCGAUACCUGCACGGCCUCUGUACCACUCAGUCUCUAGGCGCCGCGAACAGCAUCUGGCAAUCGAUUCGCACGGAUGCCGUCUAUGGACGCAUACCAGAUAUGCCAGACUUGGUGGGUGAGCAGCUUUUUUCACAUGAAGACGUUCUGGAGGACCCUUUCAAAACGCUUCAGCUGGAUAAGGAUCGAGGCGGCGGCUACUGCCAAGCCUGGAUUGUAGACAGGGUCAUGCAGGAGGGUGUCCUCUCCGUCGGCAGGUACAACCGCGCUCUCAAUGCCCCGCUAGCAGGAGUGAACCCCAGGCCGAGCCGCGGUUCAGGGGAAGGACCAAGUCGGCAGAAUGAUGGCAAUGUUCCAGACAAGAUUAUCCAACGGCAAAUACAGCGACAAAUUCUGGCGACACUCUACAGUUCUGGCCUCGAAGGAAAUUUCGAUACCCUUGAGGAUCACGAAACCAGGAUCGUCCCGUCUAGUUUGGCUUGGUUCGGGGAAGCUCUCAAACGAGAACUCUUCACGGCAGAGGCAGAGCAAGCUCGAACUCAGCAUCUCGUAUCGAUAUUCGACGUGGAUGGACCAUGCCUCGUUGCUACCGUCUUCAACUCGGACUGGCAAGUACUGUCUCGUCCUGAUAUCAGAAGUAGGAGUAUGUGCUGGGUGGUUGAACCGGUGGAGAAGACAAUAUCGGAGAGCUCUGGGGAGCAGAGCGCCGCUGUCGAUGAAGAGCAACCCAUGGCAUGCAACAAAGGGAAGGAACCUGAGCGGCUAGCUUCUAUAUCUGGCACCGGUUAA